CGGUGUAGACAGAAGGGCGGCAGGUCCGUCGCCGUACGAAGGACUCCCGCCUCACAUGCAGCCUCUGCCCGAUUCGGACGAGGGGGAGACGGACAUGGACAUGUCCAACACAGUUCCGCUGGGUAGCGGGUCGACCCAGGAAUGGACGGGUAGCCUGUUGUUUCAUCGGCGCGGAGCGAAGUAUAGGCAGUCGUUCACUUCCCUCCUCCACGAAGGUGCCCAGGAAGAGGAACGCCUUCCCCCUGUGGAUCUCACAUUUGGCCUGCGGAGCGGGAGCCCAGCUUCUCCCACGCGCACUGUGCUCGUGAACCCUCAUCCCGACGACAACGCGGGGCAGGUGACAUUGGUCGGCAGGGGCACGAGGGGUGGUUCUGCGCCUCCGGAGACGUCCGAGAAGACGAGGGAGCGGCCUCGAGUGCAGGCGACUUCUGGCCCGUCAAUUCCACGCACCACCGCUGGUCGCCCUGAGUGGAUGACCCCCCCUCCUACGUUCUCCAGGGGCCGCAACACCGUUCCUCGUCCAGUUGAACGGGGUGUGAGUGCGGAAGACUUCCCUUUCGAGGGCGCGCGUGGAGAUGGCAGGCGGGUAUGGAAGGAGUCGAGGCAGGAGUUGCGGCGGCAGCAAGAAGAGUCCAUAACGCAAGGUGUGCAUCGAUUACGUAUGGGCGAGCGGGCCGGGCAACCGCACGCGGUUGGCGGGGGGGGUGACAUCUGGACAGACGGUGACGAAGUUGAGUGUGACGCUGAGGAGGACGACAGUGGUGAUGUGUUCCCGUUGCGUGCGCCGAACAUGGGUGGCAGGGGCGGCAAAGGCAGGGCUUCGACGAAUGCUGGGCGGAGGCGGAAGAGGCCGUCGGCGACCUCUGCUGAUGCGGAAGGUGAGGGGGAUGGGGAGGGUGGCCGGGAUUUCUGGUCUGUGGAUCACAUGGUGGCCCUCGUAAGGGCGAAGCGGGAUCAGGACGACCAGCUACAAGCGGCAGGCCACGCAUUCGCACGGAUGCGGUCGAGGGAGUGGAAUGUUUGGACGUCUGGGAGAGGUUGCUGAAGGUCGGUGUUGACAGGACGGCAGACAAAUGCGGGAAGAAAUGGGAUAAUCUCAUACAACAGUUCGAAAAGAUCCACACU